CCUGUCUAUGUCUAUGGAGCGGUUUGUCUCCCACCCAUCCACAUCCCCACCAGCGAACGGUCCACAGCAGCAGACGUCUAUCACUUGGGAAGGUGCCGCGGAGGACUGACGGGAUCAUAACAUCGCGCGCGCGCAGCAGCGGAGGCUCAAACAGGAUGGCCGCCUCAACGCGUAUCUUCUGCAGUGUGGUUUUCAUCAUGGGCUUGCUCUCCUUGCCCGCGGAUUCCAAGAGAAACCGAGGCUCGCAAGGCGCCAUCCCUCAUCCUGACAAAAGCAACCCCAACGAAUCUGAGCAGCAACCGCAGACUCCGCCGGCGGGCCCCCGGUCCCGGCGGAGGCAGAGCUCGUCCUCGCCGGCCGACGAGGUGCUGGAGUCCAGCCAGGAAGCUUUACACGUGACGGAGCGCCAGUAUUUGAAACGGGACUGGUGCAAGACGCAGACGCUGAAGCAGACCAUCCACGAGGAGGGCUGCGUCAGCCGCACCAUCCUCAACCGCUUCUGCUACGGACAGUGCAACUCCUUCUACAUCCCCCGGCACAUCCGCAGGGAGGAGGGGGCCUUCCAGUCCUGCUCGUUUUGCAAGCCGAAGCGUUUUACCACCAUGACUUACACGUUGAACUGCCCGGAUCAGCAGCCACCCACCAAGAAGAAACGCAUCCAGCGCGUCAAACAGUGCCGUUGCAUAUCCAUAGACCUGGACUAAAGAUGUGUGUGUGUGUGUGUGCGCGCGCGUUGUUCUGAUUCAUAGCAGACAGGAUUGCCACACAGACAACAAUGCCCGUCGCCCAUCUCGAAGGCGUCUUCCACGUCGGCCACAACGACUCUGUUCUUGCGCAAUGCGAACAAACAAUUGAGUGGCAUUUGUAAACCAACGAUGACAUGCAAAAGAAACGUUUUUGCUUCUCACCAUUUUAACCCAAGUUUGAAAACGAGCACCACUGCACGGGACCGCGGGCUUGGAAUGGGCACGUUUUUACGCACGGCUUCGUCACCCCCGGGAGGACUGCAUAACUCCGCCUUAUUUAAUACACCAAGACGCUUAUUGGGACAGGAAAACGUUAGUCACUACGUUGUAUUUUUGUGUGCCUGUGAUUGUUUGACUGGUCGUUUCCACUGUGUGGACUGUGAGGGAUAAGCGGCGGUAUUGUAAAUUAAAAAAUGUGAUUUUAUUUCGAUGUUUCAAGAUUUUCACGGUUAAUUGAUUUCCGUGAAUUUCGCGUAGUUUUAUUUUUUUGUAAGUUGGAUGCCUACGAAUUUGUAGAGGCUUUUUCUUUUCAUUAAAACUGACAAUGUACAGUGAUUAAAUAUAGUGGUUAAAUGUACAGCCAUCUCUGAUGUAACUGGUUUGUUUUUUUCUCCCUUAGAUUAAAUUAUCCCCGAAAACAUCAAAUAAACGGAUGUAGAAAUAUUGUGCAUCUUGUCUGACUGUACAUCUUACUGGAAAGUUAACAAAAUGUUUAAUUAUGCUCAUCCUUCUGCAUGGAUGUUUUAGGAGAGAAUUAUUCACCAUGUGUUUGAAUAUAGAUUUGGAUGAACUAGAAGGGCAACCUUCGUUCGCUCGCCUCGUAAUGCAUUUUGAAAUUACUGCCAAAACUCAUAAAUUCCCAGUAACUGGAAUUUUAGAGCUACAACAAAUAAGGCUAAAACACUGAAAUGUCCAUCUCGUUCUUAAAAUAAAGUUCCAGUCAUUUGCCAAAUUCCUUGUGUAAAUAUUACAAGUCUUCCAGGAACAAGAGGAUGACUUCAUGACUUCACUCUGACCCAAUAAGGCUGAUUUAUAAGUAAUCAAACCCGUUUAAUAUUUAUACCAUUUACUUGGUGCACUGCCACGCUUGAAGGCCGGCCUAAUGGAAGCCUUUUACCCAAGAACAUUUAGAGAUAUUCUUUCUAAUUUGUUCCACAUCCAGUAGUUUAUUCUUGAAAUUUAAAACAAUUCCGUAAAAUGACAAAGCACCUAUCUGAGCUACUGAAGGUCACGUGAAGCGACAAAGGCUA